AUGCAGGAGCUGGACGGGCGAGUCAAGGUGCUUCAGAUAGAGGGCGCGGCACUACCGGGUUCUUCAAAGCAGCAGCAGAGUUCUGAGCUGAUCCUUGUGCUUGUGCUUGCGUUGCAGGAGCUGACCUCGUCGCAGGCGGAGUUGCUGGAGAGGAUCCAGAAGCUGAAACAGGAGGUGCAGAACUGGCGCUCCAAUGUAGAGACGCAGGUCAAGACAUGCCAGAAUGAACUCCAGGGUCUCAAGAAAGGACUUGACUCUGAAGUGGAACAGCUGAAAUCGGAAAUGAAGGUGGUUAGGUCUGUACAGGAAGAGAAAGGCAAUCUACCUGCACAAAAUACGACUUUAGAGACGGUUAGUUUUGUGUGAAAAAAAAAUAUAUAUGUGAUUACGCUCUACUGAGUCAUGCUGUCGUGCAAGAAACUGCAACGAUUUUUUUGUUUUGUAGAACAAUAGCAAUGCAGAACAAGCUUGGCAGACACCAGGCCAAGCACAGUAUUGAAGAGCAAACAGCAACACAGGCGUGAAUUGGUGCUUCCUUGCAGAGGUGAAGGGCUGUUCUGCUGGAUAUUCAGAUCCUUUCAAUGGAUCAAAAGGGGGGAAAGCUGGCAGAUACACGGAAUCACAUGAAGUAUUCAUUUUUUUAAUAUAUACCAGCAAGUUUCCAAGUGCAAAUAUCUCUAUAACAGUGAGCAAUUUCAAGAGUAAUGUACAAGAACUGCUUGUUUUGUAACAAUUCCAUGACUACUAAUACUACUAUUACAAACUUAA